AUGCCUCUCUUCCUAACGGAAGAGGAGUUGCAGGCGGUGGAUGGCGAUGUCAGGGCCGUUGCGAGGAAGGCGGAGGAGCAAAUAGGUUCGCUCCUCCGGCAAAUAGAGACGCACAAGGCACAAGCGGAUGCAGCGGAGAUAAACGCGGAGCAGACGUGCUCGCUGAUCGAGCAGAAGUACCUCGCGGUGACGGACGAAAACGCGCAGCUCGAGCGCGAGAAGGGAUUCCUCACCGCGGAUCUCGAUCAGAAAGCCGCCGAGCUCGCGGAAAUUAAGGCGCAGGUUCAUCGCCUGCAGCUGGAGGGGAUUCAGGGGGAUGGCGAGAGGGAGAGGCUGAAAGCGGAGCUGGCGGAGGCGCAGACGGGUCGGCGGGACCUUGUGGACGUGAUCGAGCGGAAGAACCUCGAGAUUGACGAGAAGAACGCGUCGCUCAAAUCGUAUCUGGACAAGAUCGUCUCCCUGACAGAUUCGCGGACUGAGUUGGAGGGUCGGCUGAGGAAGGCCGAGGCAGAGGCGUCCCGCUGCAAGGCCGCCGUUAACCGCCACGUGCAGGAGAAGGAGAUUCUGGAGGAGCACCUGGCGUGGCUGCGGGAGGACGUGGCGGGGAAGGCGGGCGCGCUGCAGGAGGAGAGGCGCGCGCGCGCGGAGGGGGAGGCGGAGCUGCGCAGCAAGCUGCUGGGCGCGGAGCACGAGCGCGACGACCUGCGUGCUGCUGAGGCGCGCGCCCAGGCGCGCGUGGCGGAGCUGCAGGGGAUGGUUGCUCAGCUGCAACAGGAGGUGAAGAAGCGAGCAGAGGAGGAGGCGCUUCACGAGAGCCAGCUGGCGGCCGAACUGGAGACUGCGAAGAAGCUGGUGGAGCUGUACAAGGAGAGUGCAGGGGAGGCAGGCGAACGGGCGGCAGACCUUAAGGGUGUUGUCAAGUCUCUUGAGGAUCAUCUGAAGCAAGUGGAGGACGAGGGCGAGAGUCGGGUCAAGGCAGCGGAGGAGGCAGCAGGGAAGCAGCAGCAGGAGCUGCAGAGGCGCUGUGAUGAGCUGCAGAAGAGUCUUGACGAGGCCAACAAGAAGGCUGCUGCUGCCACUGAGGCAGCUGCCGCUGCAGCAGCAGCUGCUGGCGCUGGUGGCUUGGACCUUGUGCCUGCUGCUCUCCCUGCUGCUGCUGGCCCCAUCCAGCCCCUGGACAGGCAGCUGGCAGCAGUGCUGCAUGGGGGCGGCAGUGUGCCGCCAGCCCUGCCUCAGGGCGUCACGGGCGUGGCGCUCGCGUCAUAUCUCGUCAAGGACGGCUGGACGCCCCGCGCUGCCUUGCACCUCCAUGCUCGCCUUCCUCCGCCCGCCCUCGGUCUCAUCAGUGUGUUCUCUCUCAUUCUGCCCCUGUGUGAUAUGGCAACGAUGUAUGAGAAGUAUGAGGAGGCAGCAGAUGCAUGGCGCCACGAGAGGCAGCAGCGGCGACAAGCAGAGACCCUGCUCAACAGGGUGUUGAGGGGGAUCGAGCAGAAGGGGGGAGUGGUGCUGGAGGAGCGAGAGCAGCCCGUUCUUGGUGUGUUGAGGGAGAUAGAGCAGAAGGCAGGAAUGGUGCUGGAGGAGCGAGAGCAGCAUGCACGCAUGGCCCGUGCAUACGACGUCAUGCAGGACAAGCUGGCGCUGGCUGCGGAUCAGCAGGCUGCUGUGGAAGCAUCGUUGGCUGAGUGCAGGGCGGAGCUGCGUGCAAGGGAGAGGGACGUGAGCCUGCUGUCCACCGAUGUGGCAGACCUGCAGAGCCAGGUGCAGUGGGUGUGGGGGAUGGGGAGCGGGGAGCGGGGUUUGGGUGGGUCGAGUCUAGAUGCGCCUCAUAAGUCGUGCAGGGAGAGGGAUGUGAGCCUGCUGUCCAUCGAUGUGGCAGACCUGCAGAGCCAGGUGACGGUGCUCCUAAAGGAGCUGAGGGAUGUGAGCAUGCAGCGUGCCAAUAACGAAGCCACUGCUCCGCCCACCCCGCCACGGCCCUCCUCGUCAGACUUCGUCUCCGUGGAGCAGCUGACCAUCACGGACAUCGGGGGUCUGGUGCAGGCCAACACGUCGCUCCGCCACGCCCUGCAUCAGAAUGCCCCAGUUACACUGACCAUCACGGACAUUGGGGGUCUGGUGCAGGCCAACACUUCGCUCCGCCACUCGCUGCAGCAGCUGAAUGCCCCUUUUAGUUCGUUUGUUGACUCUUCCGAAAUACCCUUCCUGCCCUGCCCCCUCUACCCAUUUCUCCAGCUGACCAUCACGGACAUUGGGGGUCUGCUGACCAUCACGGACAUUGGGGGCCUGGUGCAGGCCAACACUUCGCUCCGCCAUGCCCUGAGGAAGCUGCAGGACGACUACAGCACCCUGGAGCCGCGGGUCAAGGCUCGGUUUGAGGAGGAGCUGGAGAGGCGGGCAGCAGCAAACGCCAAGGAGGUGGAGCGGGUGGUGGGCAUGUACAAGGAGCAGGAGGAGCUGGCACAGAGGCACAAGGCUGCUCAUGACAUGUUCAAAAUGCUGUAUGACGAGCAGCAGCAGCGAGUGAGGGCCCUGGCAUCAGGCACCGCUGCUGCUGCCCCCGGUGCUGCUGGUUCUCCAGCAGCCAAGGGAGUGCUUGCCGUGCCCAUGCUCUCCUCCCCUCCCCCUGAUGGUGAGUUGAUUCGUGUGAGGUCCGGACUACAAGACUCUGUACACAGCAACGCAGGUACCCCACAGCCCAUCAUCUCACUCUCCUGCUUCCUUGUCUCGGUGUCUCUGCUCCCCUCCCUCCGUUCCUCAUUGUUCUAG